AAGUCUGGCCGCCCACUGAAGAUGGCGGCGGAGCUGCAUCCGCGGAGCGGAAAGCUGAUCGGCCUGUCCAACUCGAACCAAACCGCCCGGCGGAACCAGCCGGUCCAGGAGUUUAAUCACGGCUUGGUGCUCAGCAAGGAGCCGCUGAGGGAUAGAGAUGUCUUCACUGUCCGUAUCGACAAGAAGGUGAACUCCUGGAGCGGUUCCAUUGAAAUUGGCGUGACGGCACUUGACCCUGCCGCACUGGAGUUUCCCAGCAGUGCCACAGGCCUUAAGGGCGGCUCCUGGAUAGUGUCGGGCUGCUCAGUGUUACGUGACGGCCGUUCGGUCCUGGAGGAGUAUGGUCGUGACCUUGACCAGCUGGCUGAAGGCGACCGUGUGGGCAUCCAGCGCAGCGCCCAUGGGGAGCUGCACCUAUGGGUUAAUGGGCAGGACUGUGGCGCUGCUGCUAGUGGCUUGCCACCUAAACUCUGGGCAGUGGUGGACCUAUAUGGCAAGUGCACUCAAGUGACUGUGGUCAGCUGUGAGCCGCCACCACCAUCUGCUGAGAAAGAGACAAUAGACCGGGACGAGGAGGAAGAGGAUGAGGAGGAAGAGGUGGUGGUGUGUGGGAGUCGGGAGGACACGGGGAUUGCGGCACUGAUGAAUGUGGCAACAAUGAAUGGAAUGAUAAAUGGAGAUGAAGUGCCUGAGCUCAACUGCAGUCACAGCAGACCAGACAAGUUCCCAAAUAACCUGGACCCUGACACGGUUCUAACAGAGCAUCAGCUCUUUGACGUGUUCAACAAUGCCAUUGUAUCUUUUUAUCGCUGUGAGGAUGAGGGCGGAGGGCCAGAUGGUGGUGGUGGAGGAGGAGGCGGGGGGAGUUCAGGAACGGACUCCUCAUCUAGAAAUGAUAGAGGGAGUAGCAGCGGAGCAGAUCCAGUCAACAGCAACAGCGGAACAGGCACAACAGCAUCUGGAGGAGGAGGACGAGGCGCUGGUGGAGGAAGUGAUGGAGGGAGCGCUAACAACAGCCCUGCUAGUAAUGGAGGGGCAGGGCCCGGGGCAGUGACAGGGGGCAUAACCACCAAUGAUGCACUGCUGUUCCACGAGAAGUGCGGCACGCUGAUCAAACUGAGCAACAACAACAAGACGGCAGAGCGGAGGAGGCCACUGGACGAGUUCAACAACGGCGUGGUCAUGACCAACCGGCCACUUCGACACAAUGAGAUGUUUGAGAUCCGCAUCGACAAGCUGGUGGACAAGUGGUCAGGGUCCAUAGAGAUUGGUGUGACAACCCACAAUCCUAACAACCUGGACUAUCCUGCAACUAUGACCAAUCUGCGAUCAGGUACAAUCAUGAUGAGUGGCUGUGGAAUACUGACCAACGGGAAAGGGACUCGCAGGGAAUACUGUGAAUUCAGCCUCGAUGAACUUCAGGAAGGAGAUCACAUAGGGUUGAUGCGCAAAGCCAGUGGAGCGCUCCAUUUUUACAUCAAUGGCAUUGACCAAGGUGUAGCAGCAGCCCAGACUCCCGGUGUGGUCUACGGUGUGGUUGACCUUUAUGGCAUGGCUGUCAAAGUCACCAUAGUCCACAAUCACAACCACAGUGACCGCCUGAGGCGUAACAACGCCAUAAUGAGAGCGCUGUCACCCGAUGUGGGUCGGCCACGACCCUCCCUCUCCCUCACUCCAGACGCCGAAGGGCCCGACCGCCUGCUGUUCCAUCCAAAUUGUGGGCAGAAAGCCGCCAUCAUCAGUGACGGGAGGACAGCGCUGCGUCCACAUGCAACCGACGACUUCAACCACGGCGUUGUUCUAAGUAGUCGGCCGUUACGCUCUAAUGAGGUGUUCCAGGUUCGCAUCGACAAAAUGGUGGAUAAGUGGGCGGGAUCAAUUGAAAUUGGAGUCACAACGCACAACCCCGCCUACCUGCAGCUACCUUCCACCAUGACCAAUUUACGCUCAGGGACAUGGAUGAUGACAGGGAAUGGAGUGAUGCAUAACGGAACCACAAUACUGGAUGAGUAUGGACACAACCUGGAUCGUCUGAAAAAGGCCGGUGACACUGUCGGUGUUGUGCGGAAAGAAGAUGGCAGCCUCCACUUCUUUGUAAACGGUGUGGCUCAGGGCCCAGCCGCCUGGAACGUCCCUCCCAGUGUGUACGCUGUGGUCGACCUUUACGGCCAGGCUGCUCAGGCCACUAUUAUGGAUGACAUGGUGGAUCUCCCCCCUCUCCCUGAGGACAGUUCAGACGGUCCCAUGGCCAUGUCUCCUGGGAGCCCCUGCUCCAUCGCCGGUGCCAGCACGACCAGCGACCUGCGUUUCCACCAGCUGCACGGCACUAAUGCUGUCAUCACCAACGGGGGGCGCACCGCCCUGCGUCAGAACUGCCGCAGCGAGUUUAACGAUGCUAUUGUCAUUUCCAACAGGUGCCUUCGAGAUGGAGAGCUGUUUGAAAUAGUGAUUCAGAAGAUGGUGGACCGCUGGUCGGGCUCAAUAGAAGCAGGUGUGACAGCCAUCAGGCCAGAGGAGCUGGAGUUUCCCAACACCAUGACUGAUAUUGACUACGACACCUGGAUGCUCAGCGGAACAGCCAUCAUGCAAGAUGGUAACACCAUGCGCAACAAUUACGGCUGCGACCUGGACUCGCUGACUAGUGGCUCGCGGAUUGGCAUGAUGCGAUCAGCUAGUGGUGACCUCCACUAUUACAUCAACGGCGUGGACCAAGGGGUUGCCUGCUCCGGUCUGCCACCAGAGGUGUACGCAGUGAUCGACCUGUACGGUCAGUGUGUUCAGGUGUCCAUCACCAGCUCCUCAGGCCCACUGGACAACAGCCUCUGUACCAGCAACGUCACUGAGAAGAGUUUCCCCAUCCACUCACCAGUAGCGGGCGUCGCCCAUCGGCUCCACAGUAAACACGGUAAGAACGUGGUGCUGCUCGGCGACAGCUGCCAGGCCGUGAGAGUCGGCGGUUAUGCUCAUGGCAUUGUGUUCAGUGCAAAGGAACUAAAAGCAGACGAGCUUUUUGAGGUGAGGAUCGAUAAGGUGGACGACCACUGGUGCGGCUCGCUCCACAUUGGCCUGACCACGCUUGCACCUCCAGAGUUGCAGUCCUGUCCGCUGUCGGGCCUCUCGCCAACCCUGCCGCAGCUUCGCACCAAGGUCACCUGGUUGCUCUCUGGCUCCGAAGUCCGUCGCAAUGGCGUGCUGCAGCGCCAAAACUAUGGCUGCUCACUGAACCGGCUGACUGUCGGGAACCGUGUUGGUGUAAAACGGUGCAUUGACGACACCAUGCACAUCUUCAUAGACGGAGAAGACAUGGGACCUGCUGCUACUGCCGUGUCAAAGAAUGUUUAUGCAGUGUUGGACCUGUACGGCCGAAUAACGGGCCUAUCCAUUGUCAGCUCCUCGCUGAUGGAGGACACGGAGAGCGUCAAGGCGCCGUCUCUCUCUUCAGAAAGCUGCAGUGAGGGAGAGGAGGACGGCACACCUGUCAGAGAGGUGGAGAGCGAGCCAUGUGUACUGGUGCCAUCCAUCAUGGCAUUUCUGGAAAACCACGGCAAGAACAUCCAGCUGUCCAACCAGAACCUGACAGCAGCCAGAGUGUCCAGCUACAACCAGGGCCUGCUGGUCACCGCACAGCCGCUGGCACGCCAGCAGCUCUUCCAGUUUCAGAUCGACCGUCUGAACCCAUCAUGGACAUCGUCACUGUCACUAGGAGUGAUAGGCCACUCCCCCGACCGGCUCAACUUCCCCUCCACAGCGUGCUGUCUAAAGCGCUCCACCUGGCUGCUGCAAAGGGAUUCUGUUUUCCACAACUCACUAAAGAUAUGUGAGAACUACGGUCCAAACCUGGACACUUGUCCGGAGGGGACGGUGUUGGGUGUGAUGGUGGAUGCGAACAGCUGCCUUCACCUCUACGUCAACGGCAUGGAUCAGGGAGUGGCAGCACAGGACAUUCCAUCACCUUGCUACCCCUUCAUCGAUCUCUAUGGCCAGUGCGAACAGGUUACUAUAGUAACAAACAACGUGCCAGCUGUGGGUGGAGAGAGCGGUGAGACCCGGUGUCAAGGUGACAUGGAGAAAGCAGACAUGGUUGAUGGGAUCAAGGAGAGCGUGUGCUGGACACCCCCUCCCGAGGUCAACCCCAACAAGACCUGCGAGUACCAGGCACUAUGUUCCCGCUUCAUGGAGCUGCUCACGUUACCAGAUGGUUACUUCAACGAAGACGUUAAGUACAACCUGUGCUACUGCGAGUCCUGCCACAAGCUGAGAGGUGACGAGGCUUAUUACAAAAGAGGAGAGCCGCCCCGAGACUACGCCCUGCCCUUCGGAUGGUGCCGCUUUGCCCUCAGGAUCAAGCCCCACUGUGAGGUUUCUAAUGCACUGAAAAAGUGGCACAUUGCUUACCACGGCACCAGCGUCGGAGCUCUGCGACGCGCUCUGGACCACAGCCAGCUGCUGCCCGGGACAUCGUCCAUCUUCUCCGUCUCACCGGUGAAGGCAGAGGGGCCUAAUGGAUACAGUGAGCCAGAAGAGAACUGCGCCCCUGGCAGGGAGGUACCCAGAGUGCGGCUUUCCCCCACGAUGCGCUACUCCGGCUUGGAGAUCUUUGCCCCUAAAGUGCAAUUUCGGGACCCUCGUUCCCAUCGCUCCCACCAGGCCCAAGUGGGAUUCCAGGUGUGCGUGCGCCCUGGUUCCUACAAGGUCGGACCUCAGACACUCGGCCCCAAUGAGCCUCUGGAUCCACGAUUCAGCAACUCUGAGAUCGAGUGGAUCACAAAAGAGCAGGGCGGCACGCUCCUCUACGGGCUGCUCAUCCGGGUGGAGUGAAAGGACAUGUAGGGGAGGAGUCAGAGCAAAAAAGUCCCAGGUACACUUCCCUGUGGCACACCGUAUUCUUAUAAAAAAAAAAACUGAUCGCAAAAUCCAACCCCUGCCUUGAGUAAGAGACUAUGAUGGAAUUAACUUCUGCUGUGGAUUGCUGAAACUUCAGCAUUACUGAUUUUUGUUUACUUUAUUUACUCUUGGACACCGGGGGCUAGUGGUUUAAAAGAAGAACAGACACUGCCUGCACUUUAUGUUACGGACACUCGUGGGCGAUUUUUAAAUCCUUAUCAACACAACACUUUGGUUUAUCCACUACAGUUUUAUUUAGCCCCCCCAUCCUCCACGAACUGCCUUUCUCUCCCUGGCACUUAUUUUAUCUCAGAUCAUCUAUGCUGGUUAUGAGACAUUUAAAUAGUUCUCUGAGCUGUCCCCUGCCAAACUGCACAUUAACAGGCUGCUGCUUAAAAGACUCAAAUGUGAGCAGAAAAAAGUUCAGUCACGAUUGUGACUUUGGGAAAUGUUUACACACGUACCUACUGCUUGUUGCUAUCUUUGUGUCCCAGCUGUCUCGCCAUCACCGUUCUACGUCUGAAUUAUCGCGGACUAAAACCGUGGAGAAAACUGGAAAAGACUUUUGACAGAUGAUGUCUCACUCCUUACAGUCAACAAAAACUUAACAUAUGUUACAGUCUGGCAAAAUGUAUAAAAAUACUGCUCGACUUAAGAGAUAAAUUAGAAUCAGUAAGCUCGUGUUUUUCACAUCACUCCCUCCCAUUGUUUACAGUUUACCAACCUCAGCUCUAAUGCAGCCGUUACAUCUCGUUUACCGCCGCAUCGGCAGUCUCAUCAGAGGUCCUACACCGGCGUUUACGUGUGAAUGUUAAUGAACCGGGCGCUGCUCUUUCAUCCAACUCGUCACUGAUUUAUUUCCACCUCAUGAAUGUACGUGAACAGCUCUCUGCACCAUUUCCUGUUCAUUUAUUGGCACAUUCGAUAAAACACAGCGAUUUUAAAGGCACAGUGUUGUUUUGUUUUUGGACUCCUGAGUUUUGAUCACAUAGCAGCUGUGAUUCUGAGUAGAUGGAUUUGGCAACGUAAGCUUCCAAACAAAAUGUGAAACUUAUUAUUUUGGGUGACUUUGUGGCCCAGUGCUGCUUUGUACAAUUAUGUUUUCUGUAUUUUUUGUUGUACAGGCUGUUACAUACAGUAAUAAAUCAUAUCUUUUUGAUUUAUAUAAAAAAUAAAUAAAUAAA